CGCAGCUAUUGAUGACGCGUGUGGUGUGGUUGGCUAGACAUGCCUACUAAUUCGGUCCAAAUUUUAAUUAAUUCAUAAAAAAUCAAUUAGGCAUCCAAUUAAGUCAAAUUUAGUUUCAGAUUGCAUUGUCUUCAUGUCUUGACCCACGUGCCAACUGUGAAUCGUGUCGGUCAAGUAGAACUGUCCGAAUUUUCACUCCUGCGUUUCCGUCUAGACUGACGACAGACAGAGGAAGCGGACACCACCCGGUCACCAUGUUACCCCUGCUGACGCUAAUUCGCCCGCACAAGAGAAUCCGCAACGGCGCCUACGUCACAGUCGAGCUCCCGAAGCGGAACAAGAUUGGCUCGGAACUAGACGGAGUCGCUGACCCCAGCCAACCGGGCAGAAGGUAGAGGAGGAUGGGGGCAGACGGCAGGGGCAGCACACAGUGGAUCUCAAGGCGUGCGAGGGGGUGCAGGGGGACGGUCCUCACAAGCAGGUGGCCCUCGGGAUCAGCCAGGGCGAGGCGGGACUGGACACCAACAGCAGCGCCAACGGUCAGGUCAUAAACCCAUACGCUCAGUACGCGCAAGGAGGCCAGCCCCCACCCCAGCAGGGUUAUCCACAACAGGGUUAUCCACAACAGGGAUAUCCACAGCAGGGAUAUCCGCAACAGGGAUAUCCACAACAGGGAUAUCCGCAACAGGGAUAUCCGCAACAGGGAUAUCCGCAACAGCAGUAUCCUCAGUACCAGGCUCCACCCUACCCACAGCCUCAGCCUCCCCCUGGGUACAGCUACCAGCUGCCACCCCAAGGGGGCAACCCGGGGGUGUUCCAGAACCCACAGAACCACGUCGUGUACCCACCCCCGGGCUCCUACCAGCAGCCGCCGCCCGCCUACUCCCAGUCUGGCCAACCCCAGGAUCAAGUCAUGUACCAGCAGACUGUGGUCGUAUACUACACUAAACCUUUGGAAGAUCCCGAAAAACGAAGAGCGUUUAUCACAAAAACCUACACGGUUCUACUGAUCCAGUUUAUUUUUACUGCGCUGGUGGUUGCAGCUUGCACGCUCCUGGAGCCCGUCAAAAUCUGGCUGAAAGAACAUUUCUACCUUAUCUAUGUUUGCAUGUUCCUCUACCUCUGCUGUGCUAUAUUGAUGUGCUUCUGUGCCGAAAAGUUGAUGACCACCAACCCAACUAGCGUUGGUGUAAUCGUCGUCCUUACAAUAGCAGAGGCUGGCACGUUAGGAUUUGUUACAAGCACUAAAGCCCAAGAAAUCGUAUUGAUAGCUGCUGUCGCUACAGUGGCAUGUUUUUUCGUCCUGACGAUUGCGGGAAUCUGCUGUAAAUUUGAUUUCACUGGUUUCAUGUCAGUGAUGUUUGUCAUCUUUCUGAUGAUCAUGUUGUUUGGAAUCCUUGCCGCCAUCCUGCACUCUUACGUUCCUAUUCUACGGUUGAUCUACGCGUGUUUGGGUGCCCUCGCUGUGUGUGUGUACAUUAUUAUCGACACACAAUUAAUAAUGGGCGGCAAGAGACACCAACUUGAACCGGAAAUGUACAUUCUGGCCGCCAUCUUGCUCUACAUAGACCUCGUCAUGUUGUUCAUGUACAUUCUGGAAAUAGCCGAAUAUUCCAAGGAUUAAGGCCACCAGUUCAAAUAGAUUCAAAGGAUUAAGGCCAUCACUUAAAAUAGAUUUUUAAAAAAAUGUACAUUUAAAAACAAUUUUCUGUUUACAAAAACAUUUAGAAUGUUCCCUGCUAACGGUAUUUAAAGAUCAUGAUUUAAAUGUAAAAUUGAGAAAUUUUUUUUUUUUUUUGGAAAUAUUACUUCUUAUUAUCGAAAAGAAAAAAACAUCUAUCCCAUAAGAGCACUUGUAAGUGUUAAAUUUGUAUUAAAAGUAUCUUCACAAAAUUAUAAUGUGUGCACAUACAUUGCCUGUAACUAUAGUUGUUAAUGAUUUGAAAAAAAAGUUAUUAGAUGAAUGUAUUUUAUCAACCAAUAAAACUUGC